AUGGGGGAUCACCACUAUCUCGACACCCCCAUUUGGAAGGACAUCCUCGCCGGCAUUGACAAAUUUAGCACCAUCUCGAGUGUGACCAUUGGCAAUGGGAUUUCCACUGCUUUCUGGUUUGACGCCUGGCUGGGCACUUCCCCGCUCCAUGUUCGCUUCCCUAUCCUGUUCUCUCACUCUGCCUGCCUCAACCUCAAUGUCGCCACUGCCCUUCCCCAUGGCAUCCACCAUUUUCUUGUCCCCCGCCUCUCAGCUGCUGCGGCGUCCGAGCUUCGAGACCUUACUGUUGAGCUGCGCUCUAUCGAUGAUGUGGUGACCACAAUUUGGAGGAGUGAUGCCCCUCUUAAGUGCAAGAUCUUCUGCUGGCUUGCUCGGAGAAAGCGACUUCCAACCAAUAAGUGGCGCUUCUGA